CAAUACAAAGUUACUAUACAGUAGUACCCACAUAAUAAAGCAACUGGCAAUGUGAAACUUGACCUUCGGUUUCCGAUUUAUUGAACAAACCAGAAGUUACAUUAGUCAUGAUUUUCAAGUUGCAUAAACCUCGCCGCUAAGUUAAGGCUGUGUCUUAACACCAACUAGUCUCACUGACUAGCACUUAGUUAGGACUAAUAUGUCUUACUUUUUAGAUUUUAAUCAGACCAAUCUAGCUCUUUAUGUGACUGACUUAAAGACGUUAUGACCAGUUUUGAAGAAAAAAAUGGAUGACUAACUUGUAAGACUAGUCUAAGCAGUUUAUUCAACCGGCCCCAUGCUGGCUGAUUUUGCUCUUUCGUGGAGAAAACCUCUUUCUGAUCAUCCUCGUCUAAUCUGCUGGUAUAAUAUCCUGUUUUCAAGAGUAAAGGAUGACAGAUACGGUACAGAUGACAUGAUAUUAGAAGAGUUGAAUUGCGAUGCAUCCACUUUCGUAACUUCUCUCAGACUGCACGCACUUUUCCUCCUCACCUCUGCUGGAAUUUCCCUGCAGUCUAAAACACAUCCAGUUACAGGUGUGAUGAUGAUGAUGAUGAUGAAGGUGACAAUGUGGCAGGUGGGCAUAAUCUUCCUCCUGGCUAAAUUAUCUCAAGUCUCGUCAUUUACAAACUCCACAGUAAGUUGUUUAAGACCUGACAGCAGUGAAACGCUGAGUGUUCGAUCCGGAGAGUCCUUGUAUCUUCCGUGUCCAAACCUGGAUUGUUUUGAGGACAACGAGAACGCGUCAUAUGUUUGGUUGAAGAAUGUCAGCAGAACGAAGAGUCUAGAAGAGAUCGGGACAGAAGAACACAUGCGUGUGCAUUAUCACAGAUCUGUGUUAUACAUCCUUCAGUUGAGUGUAGAAGACACGGGAUUUUACAUCACACGCCAGUUCUACCCAGAUGGCGUUUGUCACGAGUUUGUCAUGGACCUGGUGGUUUAUGAAGAGUUCAGCACAAAUCUUUUAUUUUCUAGUAUUUCAAGUGUGGAGGGAAUUGUGGCUGAAAUUUUCUGUCCACUGUGUGAACAUCAAACGGGAACUUUCAUCUGGUAUAAGAAUUUCUCUCUUAUUUCAAAUCAAGAGUCGGGCCAGAUGUUACGCGUUCGUGAUGCUUCCCGAGAAAGUGAAGAUAUUUACACGUGUGUUUGUUUCUGGGAACACGGCGGCAGGAAACUCAACAGCUCUGCAUCCCGUCGACUCGUGAUCGAAGACCAGUCUCUCAUCACUCCUCCGAGGAUUGUUCAUCCCACCGAUAACUCCAUCGUACUGGUCGACAUGGACGCAGAGAUCGGCCUCACGUGUUCUGUGUUCACUGGAAGCACUGGGAGGAGAGAGUGCACUGUGGGCUGGCUGAGGAACCAGACGGCGCUGGAUGGACUGGACGGAUAUACAGUGGAACAGAGAGAGGAUGAAGCGUUCAUUCAUUCAGUUCUGCUCAUCAGGAAAGUUUCUCAGGUGGACUUUUAUUCCGUGUUUCACUGCACAGCUGAUUAUUCUUAUCAAGUGAUGCUUGUGUCCGUCGCCCUGAAGAGAAGAGAUGUGGGAGCGUCACGGCUCACGCUGGUCUGGAGUUGUGUUUGUGUGGUUUUUCUCAUUCUGAUGGUCAGUGGAACAAUGAAGAUGUUUGCUGUUGAUCUGGUGCUUUUAUUAAGAGGAAGUUUUAAGAAGCUCAACAGGAAGGAAGAUGGGAAAGUGUAUGACGCUUAUGUCAUCUACCAGAGAAACAACUUGGAUGAGGCGACAGAAAAAACUAUAAGUGAUUUUGUCACUGGAGCGCUCCCUACAGUCCUGGAGAAAUACUACAACUAUAAACUUUACAUUCCUGCUAGAGACGAUCUGCCCGGAGAAGACUGCAUGAAUCUGCUUGAAGCGAAGAUACGACUCAGCAGAAGACUGAUCUUCAUCAUCACUCCAGGCCGCGGCGCACGUCAACGCGGCUCUUCUGCUGAAGUUUAUGAUGUUCAGGUGGGACUCCAUCAGGCUCUGGUGCAGGGACACACCGGUGUGAUUCUCAUCCAGCUUGAAGACAUGCACAACUACACACAUCUGCCUCUGGGACUCCAGCAUCUUUUGAAGAAAAGUCCUCCGUUGCUCUGGAGAGACGGAGGAAAACCAGGUUCAAGGUUCUGGAAACUAGUGCGCUACCGAAUGCCCGUUCCGUCACGUCGUGUGAAGAAAACAUCUGCAGGCUUGAGCUAUCAAACUGAUGUAUCGUAUGCCAUCGUCUGAAUGAAAAGCAGCGCUUGUGUCACUUUUGUUCUUCCCUUGUUUAAUCUUCUUUUGUGUACUUUAAUAUCAGACAACUUGAGUUUCUCUGGCUCUGCUGGUAGAUGCUGUGAUUGAAACUUUGUUCUAAAAAAGCGUUGUUUUCCAUCAAAAAUCCCGAAGGUCGCCAUGUGUUCUUCUUUUUUUUAAAGGCUAAUAUUUUAGUUCCCCAUUAACAAACACUGCAGUAUAUUUACUGUAGUAAACUAUAGUAAAGUUCCUUGAUACUGUCGAGUUUUUAUUUAAAAUGUUACAAUUUACCAUAAUAAAUACUAAAGUAUACUACAGUGGUA